GCCCUGACCCCACGUCCGCGCCUCGGGGGUCAGGGCGAGCCAUUGCUUGCCGAGCUCGGGGGCGCGUGAGAGGAGGCGGGCGGGGCCUCCUCCGGAAGGGGUGGGCUAACUUGAGAGCAGCCGCGUCGCGGUGGAGACGCUAUCUUGGCCUGGCCGACCUUCGCCCCCGCGCCGCCCGGGCCAGGGCGAGCCAAUGACUGUCGCGAUCUGGUUGCAUGUGACAGGGGGCGGGCCCUUCGCCGGAAGGGUGAGGUGAGGCGAGCGGCCGGUCGCGCGGUUUGUACAUAUGGACCAGAAACUUUCAGAGUUGGUGGAAGAGCUCACGACUUCAGGAGAGCCCCAAGUGAACCCCAAGAAAAUGAAGGAGCUGAAGAAAAUUUGCAAGUCUUCAGAGGAGCAGCUUGGUCACACCUACCACCUGCUGAUGGCCCAGCUGAGCCAGGAGCACGCCGAGGUCCGCCUCUCCACUUUCCAGGUCCUGGAUCAGCUCUUCGCCAGGUCUCACCACUUCAGGAUGCUAGUCGUUUCCAACUUCCAGGAGUUCCUGGAGCUCACACUGGGCACCGACCAUGAGCGGCCCCUGCCGCCCCCCAGGGAGGUGGCACAGAAGCUGAGGCGGGCCGCCACCCGGGCCGUCCGCGGCUGGAACGAGAAGUAUGGUACAGCGUAUAAGAAGCUGGCCCUGGGCUUCCACUUCUUAACGCACAACAAACAGGUAGAUUUCCAAGAUGUGGACGCUAGGACUCUGGCGGAGAGAAAGCGAGCAGAGGAGAAACAGAAGCGCUUGGACAGAAUCUACAAGGAGAGGUCUGAGCAGGCCGUGCAGGAGAUGGAAGAAAUGUCCGGGGAGAUCCGGAGCUGCCUCAUGGAGCUGGAGAGCUGCUUCCGACUGCUGGUGCCCUUUGACCUUGACCCGACCCCGGGGGCUGCCUUGCCCGCCAUGGCCGAGGAGGGUGGCAGGGACGAGGAGCAGCCCUGCUGCAGCAAGACCCUGGCCAUCUGCGCCCGCCGCCCGGGAGCCGCGGGUGCGGAGGGGCCGCCCUCGGAGGACAAGGACGAGGACAGCGACCCGGAAGGGUUUGUGCGGCACCACGGGCUGGGCUCCCGCGAGUACACGCUCGAGGUGGAGCUCUCCUCAGACAGCCUGAAGGUGCACGAGGAUGAGGACAACCUGGUCGUCAUCCACGUGGCCCAGGACACGCUCAGGCUCAUUCAGAACAGGUUCCUGCCAGCCGUGUGCUCCUGGGUCCAGCUGUUCACCCGCGCAGGGACACAUGGCGGGCACUUGGAGGGUGCCAUCGACCUGAAGGCCGAGCUGGAAACUGCCCUGCGGCGAUCUCGGGAGCUGGAUGUCAUGCCCGAGGAGGGCUGCAGGAGAGAGGCGGCAGCCACGGGAGACAGGGACGAGGACGAGGACGACGACUUUGUGGAGGUCCCGGAGAAGGAGGGCUAUGAGGCCUGCGUCUCUGAGCACCUGCAGCCUGAGUGUGGGCUGAAGAAAGACCCGGCCACACUGGCCUCGCGGGCGAGGAAGAGAACAGGGAGCAGCGAGGAGGCCUGUGACCCCACCUCUGCGGCCGCCCAGCUGCAUUGGCUCCAGCGCCACUUGCCCCCGGCCUUGCCCCCGAGCCCCAGCCUUUUCGUAGGGCUUCAGCGGCUGCCCUGGGUUCCAGGUCUGAGGUGGCAAAGGUCACAGCCCAGGGUGCCGCUGGGUCCAGAGGAGGCUGAGAAGCUGGCGGCAGAGCGGGCCCAGGCGCCUGUCGUGCCCUUUGGGGUUGACUUGUGCUACUGGGGCCGAGAGGAGCCGAUGGCCGGGAAGAUCCUCAAGUCCGACUCUGAGCACCGCUUCUGGAAGCCCCGCGAGGUGGACGCGGAAGUAGAGAGCGUCGCCGUCUCUGAGACUCUCCGGAGCCGCCAAAUCACCUUUGCGGGGCGAUUCGAGCCCGUGCAGCACCGGUGCCGUGCCCCCCGGCCCGACGGCCGGCUCUGCGAGCGCCAAGACCGCCUGAAGUGCCCUUUCCAUGGGAAGAUCAUCCCAAGAGAUGAGACGGGACGGCCCCUCCAUCCGGAGGACAGGGCCCGCGAACAGAAGCAGCGGCUGCAGAGGCCGGCGGGGUGCCGAGCCUGGCAGGACCCUGAGCUCAUGAGGGACGUGGAGGCAGCCACUGGGGUGGAUCUCGGCUCGUCCAGGCCCGGUGGGAAGGGCAGGCGGCAGCGGUCCGGCCUCACCGACCUCAAGCGGCAGGCGGACACAGCGCGUGCACGCAUCGCCAAGAAGGUCUUCGCCAAGGCCGCUGUGCAGAGGGUGGUCACAGCCAUGAACCAGAUGGACCGGAAGAAGCAUGAGAAGUUUGCAAACCAGUUUAACUACGCGCUGCAUUAGAGCGCCAGGCCGGGUCCACUCUGGUCGUCAGCGCCUCUUCUGCUGCUGAUGAGCUAGGAUGGGAAGGCAGACCCGGGUCUGGGCUGUAACAACAGCCACAAUUAUAGUGUGUAUUUAACGUGAAGAAAUGGUGCACUUUCUGCUUAAAGCGCCCCAGAGGUGUGGACUCUCCUCCUGCGGGGGACCACGGCCAUCACUUACGGGUCUGACUGCCUAGUAGCCCGGGGUGAACUCGGGCAGCCGUGUCCACAGGUGGGUGCCUUGUACAGCCUGUGCCCUCUGUGGUGUGACUCAGGGUCGCUCAUCAUCCAGGACGAGUGCGCAGCCUCCAGCCCUGCCCCCCAGCCUUCUCCUGCUCGGAGGAAAACCCACAUUUCCCGUUGACACGAGGGGGAGCCAGCUGUUUGCUCUCGGCGUUGCCAGCUCACAGGCAUGCUGGUGGUGGUUCCACGUCAGAAUGCAGGGAACUACCUCACUCUUUGUUUUUCUAAAAUCCACUUUAUUGAGACGUAACUCACGUACCGUAACGUUCAUGCCUUUGAAGUGUACGGUUCGGUGAUGUUACACACACUCACAGUGUUGUACAAUCUCCACCCCUGUCUAGUUCCAGAACUUCUCAUCACCCUAAAAGAAGCCCUGCUCCCAGCCCCGGCCCCUCUGGCCUUCUGUAUCUGGAUUUGCCUUUGCUGGACGUUUCCUGUGAAUGGAGUCAUAGCAGCCUGUGGCCCUUUGUGUCUGGCUGCCUUCACUUAGCACAGCGUGUUCAGGGUUCUUCCCUGCUGGGGCCUCUGUCCGUGCUUCAUGCCUUUUUAUGAGCGGAUAACUCACCCCUGUAGGAACAUACUGCACUUUGUUUAUCCGUUCAUUGUGGGCAUUUGGGUUGUCUGCACUUCGGGGUGAUUGUGGAUGAUGUUGCUGUGGCCACUUGUGUACGGGUUUUUGCGGGGGCAUAUAUUUUCAUUCCUUUUGGGUUUAUACCUACAAGUGGAAUGGCUGGGUCACGUGGUAGCUCUGUGUUUAACUUACUGAUUGAAUUGCCAAAACAUUUUCCAAAGCAGCUGCACCGUUUUCUAUCCCCACCAGCAGUGUAUUAGGGUUCUCGUUUCUCUAUGUUCUUGCCAACAUUUGCUUUUAUCAGUCUUUUUAAUUUUAGCCAUCUUAGUGGGUAUGGAGUGGUGUAUCAUUGUGGUUUUGAUUUGACUAAUGAUAUUGAACA